AUCAGGAAAACGCAGCGCAUGAGCCAUCAUUAUUCAAAGAUUGCGUGAGGUAGUAAACUGUCAGAACCCGGAACCACAUGAAAGUAGAGCAGGCUAACCCUAGCUCCCCAAUAAUGGCAUCAGGUAGCAACAACACUUGCGAGUUCUCCAACAUCGGAGCACCUUUUUCUCGGCAAUUCUCUGAUCGAGAAGCCACUUCCAUUCUCAAGAAGCAUCGACCUUCUCCUGGUUCAUCUUCAUCUCCCCCUUCUUCUUCCUCCUCCCAUCACCGCAUGGGUAAUCAUCCCGGCGAUCGGGCUUCUCCGCCAUCGCCGAUCCUUCCUCCCGAACUCAUCGAGAAUAUUCUCUCCAGGCUCCCUGUCAAAGUUCUUCUGCAACUCAGGUGCGUAUGCAAGUCUUGGCUGUCCUUAAUCUCCGAUCCCAAAUUCGCUAAAUUGCACCUUCGUUUGUCAACCGCGGACCGCCAAUUCACCCACCAUCACGUCGUGUUCUGCUUCCCGGGACUUAGAUGCACCGUCAAAUCUUGCCCUGUUGCAUCCAUACGCGACCGCCUGCCCACUGAUGCCGUGAAACUGAAAUACCCUUUGAAGAAACGAAAUCGAUAUGAUUUCAUUGUGGGCUCUUGUAACGGAUUGCUUUGUUUCGCUAUCCGGCCUAGUCAUAUCCUUAUAUGGAAUCCAUCUAUUAGAAAAUGUAAGAAAUACCCUUCUUUGGAUUAUCAAAGAAGGGAUGGGAGUUAUAUAAUAUAUGGGUUUGGUUAUGAUCAAUCAAUUGAUAACUACAAGGUGGUCGCAAUUUUCUGCUAUGAUAGUGAUGGCAGAGGUGAUUAUAAAACUGAAGUCAAGGUUUAUACUUUGGGCGCUGACUCUUGGAGAAGGAUUCAGGAGUUCCCUUCAGGUAUCCCCUGUGAUGAAAUGGGAAAAUUCGUGAGCGGAACUCUUAAUUGGGUGGCGAUUAGUCAUUCACGUUCUCCACUGGUUGUCAUUUCUCUUGAUUUGGGGAAGGAGUCGUAUGUAGAACUUUCACAGCCUGAUCAUGAAGAUGGUAUGCUUACCUUGACCUUGGGAAUAUUAGGAGACUGCUUAUCCAUCCUUUAUUACUAUGGCACGCGUUCAGAUGUGUGGAUUAUGAAGGAUUUUGGAGUUAAAGAGUCUUGGACUAAACUGUUCAGCAUUCCUUUCGUGGAGAUUCCUAUCCCUCUUUGUCCAAACGAACGCUGUAUUUCGGAAAGUAGUGAAAUACUGUUUCAGGACAGGCGGUCCUUAUAUUGGUAUAACUCAAAAAAUUCCUCACUUGUGAGGCCUGAGGUCCGAAACAUCGAUGGUUGCAUUGAUGCACAGAUCUAUGUUGAGAGUCUGACCUCACCUUGCUUUUAAAGAUAGGAUUUAGAUGCAAGACCAAGUCAUCUGGCACAUGAGCUUCUUGAAGGAUCUCUAAGCUGAAUAUUGUUGAGUUCGUGGAUCAUCAUUGAUGGAAUCUGAAGCUAGAGAAAUUUUAGUAGAUUUUAAUUGUCAGAAGAUAUUCUCCAUGUAUUAGUCCUAGAGUUGAUUAUGUCCCUCAGAUGUUUAGGUUAAAUGUAUAAUUCGCAGUGAUGUACCACCUUGUAUUGUCAUUAGGUACUGUCCUGCAAGCUGCAAGAGGAUUAGAUGCUAUGCUAACGGGCUAGUAUGGAAACUCCUUAAACAAUCAGCUGACUGCUGCACAAAUGGUUUAACGCUACUUUAUGUUGCUAGUGCUUAUUCAUAUGUAUGGCAUAAGUAAAACGUAGUAGCGAAGAAGAGAAUGUGGUAUGUGUGGUACUUCAUUGGUGGAAUUCGUUGAGUUCUUUGAUUGUCGUUAAAUAAUAAUAGAUGGAAUCAACUACCCAAGAUCUCGUUUUGUUCUGUCUCAGAAUUUUAGCUGAUGGUUCAGGACGAAGAAUUGAUUGAAGGACGAGGGUGCAAGUGUCUACAAUUACCCCCUUUGUUUUCAUGUCCCUGAGCAUUGUGAUUAUGUUUUUUAGGUUGAUGGAUUGAGAA